GUGAAACUCUCGGAGGAUCGUUCCUCAGCUACUUGUACCCUCCUCGUCAGCAACGCGUGCACCAUGAGGAUUAUAACUUUGGUAAUCCCAAUAUGCUUCCUGCUGGUAGCAGAGGCGAAACGAGUGGAGAUCCGACCUCGCAUAGCAGAGCCGCAAGUGUAUUACGAAGAAGAUAGCCAAGCGGACGAAGACGAUUACAAUCCAGCUGUCUACCAGCCACGAACCCGUGCCCUUCCUUCGCCACGUUCGAAGGACGCUUUGCACUCAUCCAAGCCACCACCAGUCCAGACUAUCCGCAAUUACAACAAGGUCAACGACGAUGGAUCUUUCACUUUCGGCUACGAGGCAGCGGACGGUUCGUUCAAGGAGGAGACUCGAGGAACCGAUUGCGUGGUGCGCGGUAAAUACGGUUACAUAGACCCCGAUGGCAACAAAAGGGAAUUCACUUACGUAUCCGGAAAUCCGUGCGAUCCAAACGCGCCGAAAGACGACGAGGAUGACGUUGAGAAACAAGAAGAAGACGAUCUGAACGGACCGGCCAACUAUCCUGCCGUAAGACCUGUGCCGCGACCUGUGCCAGUUAGACCGACCUACCAGCAAUCCACCACAAGAGCGCCCACGACAAUUUUCCAAACGCAAUAUCGAUUAGACGACGACGCCAGCCAGGAGUUGGGCGAAGACGAUCUCGUUAAACCGACGCAAUUAAGACAAGGAUCGUACAGAACGCCUCAACAGCCAACCUACGUUCAAGUGACGCCGUCGUCGGCUCUCUACGAGCCGUCGCCCACAGCCAGCCCUGGUCUCUACAGGCUAGCAUCGUCGACGACUCAAUACCAAAGCACAGCGUCUCCUGUUCUUCGUACCCAACCCACCACGUCGUAUCAGACCCUCGAAACGACCACUCGUCGUCCAGUCACGCGUCACCCGAAGCCGCAAUCGGUCGCAAUCACCCCCAGACCCCACGUUGCACAAGUAGCCGCCCAGUACGUGUCCCCUAGUAGCACCGAACGUACUGCGUUAGCCUACAAUCGUCCCUCGGCGGUCACGGUAUCGCCGAAUCUACGCAGCACCACCGUAUCGAGCGCAUCUCACCUUGACUUUGCCGCCGAGCUCGAACGUUACGUGAACACGGUCGGCGUAGCCAGUCCCAAGCCCGGCCAAGCGUCGGCCGCACCAUCGAAAGUCAGAUUAUCCGGCCAAACGCCCAUCACCGCCUCCGCCGCAGACCCGAUCUACCAGUCGGAGCUGGUUUACGAUCCCUCAACCGGUCAGUACAAUACCCAACUAUAUCAGACACUACCCCAAACCGUGGGUGACUUCACCCUAAGUCACAAACUGCAACCGUUCGUAGCCCAGCCACAGUCCUACCUUGGACUGCAACAGCUCCAGCAGCUUCAGCCCCAGCAGCCCCAGCGUCAGACCCCGCUUUAUAAGCAACCAGCGUCCCAGCCGGCCCAAUCCUCCCCAGGUGUAGCCGUCAACCAGCCUCAGGAAGUGCUGUACAGGAAACAGCAGUCGCAGCUGUUGCAACAGUCCCAACAGUUGUACGCUCAACAGCAGAGACGUCAACAACAGCAGCAACAACAACAACAGCCGGUACAGUCGCACAGGCUUCAACUGCUCGAGUCGCAGACGCAACCACAGUCAUUCUACUACGUUGCACCGGCAAGGUCCUCGAACGCUGCCAGUGCACCUCUUUCAGUAGGUCAGAUCGAUCAAUAUCUUCGAGCCAGUGCUGCUCAUUAUUGAUUCGAUCUAGCGUGUGAGUCUUUUUUCUUGAUAUAUGAAAUUUAUACAGGGAAUUUCUCUUUUUAAUCUGUUCGUAUUUCGUCGGCGACAUUUUAAAUAAGAAACGGUGCUGCGUAUGGGCCUGGCGCGUGGCUAUUAAGCAUGCACCGUGUGAAUAUCAAGGAGCAAUUAAAAUUUCAUUUUCUUUUUCUUUUUUUUUUAUAUUGCAGUCAUUACUCAGGCAGUGUUAUUAAUUUUGGUAUGAGAUUGAAAAUUUCUUGAUACUAUUGCACUGUGUUAAUACAUAAUUAAUGUUCGAAAUGAUUGACAUUUUUUAAUUGAAAUGAAAUUUAGCUACUUUUUGAUUUUUGUUUUCAUGAUGUAUGCUCCUUGAACGAAAUAAUCUUAGUGUUCAGUGCACUAAACAUCGGCACCAGAAUUCCAGUCGCGUUGCAAACAUCAAUUAUUUACAUAAGCUUCGCGUAAACAUAACAACGUUGACAAUAUCGGACCAAAGCAAACAGCUCUAGAAACGUUGACAUUAUACCAACACUGGUACUGUGAUAGCAUUAACUUCCAAAAUUGCAUUCUGAAACUGUAUGCUGUUUCAAAAUGCAAUAUUAAUUCUGAAGACCUGACGCAUAUUACCAAUAACCGAUAUGCAGAACUGAAUAUGAUAUAAAACUAUAAAAUUAAAUUUUAAAAAAUAUUUUCUAAGAAUAUAAAAAUAUCAGGAAUAUGCAAAGUUUCCAUUACUCGCGUAUAAAUAAUGAUACGAGGUAUUUCAUAAUAACAAAACUUUGAAAAUAUAUUUUUUUUAAAUUGCCUCAAAAACGAUGGAAAAUGUUGUAUAUCUCUAAUAAAUAAUUUAUUUAAUUCUUCUUGCAAACCUAAUUUGUGAAAUGAUUUCAUAAACAAUUUGCAGUCGUCGAAAAUUCAAUUUCCAAUGAAAUAUCAGUUUUUAAAUAAGCUUCUGAAACACUUUUCUAUCGUGCAUGUUGAGAUCAACUGUCGUUAGAGAGUGAAAGUCAAUGACCUAACGCAAUACUGACGCACACGAGACACAUUAGCAUAGCAAUUUCUCGUCGUGUACAGUAACAUGCUACACCGCACAGAUUCCACGCCAUGACUAGAAUAUUCAUCGUGUACACACGAAAACAUUUCAAACACGAUCCCGACCUACGCACUGACCGAUUUCAUUGCAAAACAACGAACCGUAGGAUUGAAACGUUCGCUAUCAUAAUAACGGUUCUACGUUUAAUCAGAGAACGAGAUAAGUGUUUCCCACAGGAAUGAUUCAUAGGAAAUACGUAACAAACUGACGAGGCAUUUGCUGCAGAAAUGAAUUGACCCUCGACUCGAGCACGUUACCACUUUUUACUUAUAAAAUGAAAGGAAACUAGAUUUAUUAUGACGGAUGCAGAUGUUUCUUCUUCGCGAAUUGCAAAAAGCUUUGCAAAAAGAAAAUGUGGCAAUCAGAGAAGAACCUGGUGAAAUAUUG